AUGGAAAAUCCUCCGAUCGCUUCUUCGCCAAAAAAUGCUUCCGUGCUUCGGCCAGACUUUCACUGGGGUUUCGCAACAGCAGCUGCCCAAGUGGAAGGAGCAUGGGAUGCCGACGGCAAAGGCGAAUCCAUCUGGGACAAAUUCUCUCGUAUUCCUGGCAAAAUCAUCGAUGGCAGUACUACUGCUGAUGGCACUCGUGCCUACGAUCUCUACAAGGAAGAUGUUCAGUUGCUCAGGAAACUUGGCGUCAAUUCCUAUCGCUUUAGUCUUGCUUGGAGUCGUAUCAUCCCUCUGGGUGGUAAGGAUGACCCUGUGAAUGAAGCCGGACUUGAGUAUUACAGCAAUCUUGUGGAUGAGCUGCUUGCCAGUGGUAUUACUCCAUUUGUUACUCUGUUCCAUUGGGACACUCCUCAGGCACUGGAGGAUCGUUAUGGCGGUAUGCUGGAUCAAGCUCGUUAUACGCCUGACUUUGAACGCUACGCACGCGUCUGCUUUUCUGCCUUGGGCGAUCGUGUCAAGCACUGGAUCACCUACAAUGAGCCGGGCGUUUACACACUGGCUGGCUACGCUGCAGGCGUCCAUGCUCCUGGUCGGUCGUCUCUAUCUGAUCGUGAUGACCCUGGAGAUAGCAGUACCGAGCCUUUCAUCGUCGCACAUACCGAGCUAGUCAGCCACGCUCACGCGGUGAAGAUCUACCGCGAAGAGUUCAAGCCAACGCAGAAAGGUGUCAUUGGAAUUACUCUUCAUGGCAACUUCAGCGCACCUUGGGAUGAGAAUGAUCUCAAGGAUGUUGAAGCCGCCGAGCGAGCCCUACAAUUCGAGAUUGGUUGGUUUGCCGAUCCCGUAUAUGGAUCUGGCGACUAUCCAGCUUGCAUGCGAGAGCAACUUGGAAACCGUCUUCCCCACUUUACACCCGAGGAAAAAGCACUUGUACAAGGAUCUUCUGACUUCUACGGCAUGAACAGCUAUACCACAUUCUAUGUGCGUCACCGCGACGAACCAGCUGAUAUCAACGACCACGAGGGCAACAUUACUUCCCACGACACCAACAAAGCUGGCGUCUCUCGUGGUGCGGAAACGCCAACAGCAUGGCUGAGAAGCAAUCCAGCGGGCUUCUUGAGCUUGUUACAUUGGAUCUGGACUCGUUACCAGACACCAAUCUACAUCACCGAAAACGGCACUACGGCCAAGGGCGAGUUUGAAUGGGAUCCUACCUCCGAUGUUCAGCUGGACGACACUUUCCGUCAGGACUUUUUCGAAGGGUAUAUAGGUGCUGUGGCUGAUGCAGUUCGCAAUGGUGUUGAUAUCAGAAGUUAUUUUGCGUGGACUUUCACUGAUAAUUGGGAGUGGGCUGCUGGAUUCACCGAUCGCUUUGGCAGCACCUGGGUUGAUUAUGAGAGUCCUGAGAAGACGAGAUAUCCCAAGAAGUCUGCUUUUGAGUUGGGUAGGAUCUUUGAGCAUUUGAUUGGGAAGAAGGAGAAGAACAAAGAGAGCGGUGGUAAGUGUAGUUUGCAAUGA